AAUAAGAGUGUGCUGGAGUGAGUUGUUACAGUGGGGCAAGAUAUCAAGUUCCAUCUCAGAGAAAGUUUGUAGUGACUCUCCGAAAAUGAACGACGCAGAUGUCUCUAAGCAAAUCCAGCAGAUGGUGCGGUUCAUCCGCCAGGAAGCAGAGGAAAAAGCUAACGAGAUCUCUGUCUCCGCCGAAGAGGAAUUCAAUAUCGAGAAGCUACAGUUAGUUGAAGCCGAAAAGAAGAAGAUCAGGCAAGAGUACGAACGAAAAGAGCGUCAAGUCGAAAUUCGGAAGAAGAUUGAGUACUCGAUGCAGCUGAAUGCCUCUCGAAUUAAAGUUCUUCAAGCUCAAGAUGAUGUGAUCAGUUCCAUGAAAGAAGCUGCUUCCAAGGAACUUUUGAGUGUGAGUCAUCAUCAUCAUUUGACUGUGACUCAUCAUGAUCAUGUGUACAGAAACCUUUUAAAAGAUCUCGUUGUUCAGUGUUUGCUAAGACUGAAAGAACCUUCUGUCUUAUUGAGAUGUCGGAAAGAGGACCUACACUUGGUAGAGCAUGUGCUGGAUUCUGCUGCACAGGAGUAUGCUGAUAAAGCAAAUGUUGAGCCCCCACAGAUCAUUGUUGACAACCAAGUCUAUCUUCCACCUGGACCCAGUCAUCACAAUGCUCAUGAUAUCUACUGCUCUGGUGGGGUGGUUCUGGCUUCUCGUGAUGGCAAGAUUGUGUGUGAGAAUACUCUUGAUGCACGACUGGAUGUAGUGUUCCGUAAAAAGCUUCCAGAGAUUCGAAAGCAGCUCUUUGGACAAGUUUUUGCUUGAAGAUUUCUUCGAAUGUAUUGUUUCGUACCCUGCAAUGUUUAUAUCCCGAAGCAUAAGCUUGUCUUGGAUCUGAAUAGGUCUGCUGCCGUUGAAUUAUAGUUGCUGUCUUUUGAAUAACACCAUUUUUCUGUAGUUCAGUUGCUCCCAUACCGUUUAUGAUGGGGCAUGUGGUGUGCUAUAAUUUCUCUCUCAUUCCUGCUUUUUGCUUAUUGGUAAAUCAUGUAGCAGAUAUUUAUAUAUUGAACAUAAGUACAUUAUUGUGAACAUUGUGACAGAAAUAAAGUGUUCUCUUCCAUCG